UGCGAUUAUUUCGAAAAUAGUGGGACAUUCUUAAUACAGAUUUCGAUAUUAUGGCUGUUGAGACGAUACCUGUGACGGAGCUUGAGUGGCUCAUCAAAGAUGUGAACAACCAUUUCAUGGCUCUGUACCACGAUGGAGCCUUCACACGUUCCCGAGCUCUCGGUCAGGCUCAAAUGCGUUUUGAGCAGUGGACCAAAACUCCACAGGUCAUCAGCCCUGGUCCUCCAGUAGCAGCAAAGAAAUCCCUUCAACGCCUUUGCUUCGACCUAGAGGAUGCGUUGAAUGUUCAAGACUCCACAGAUCUUGAUCGACUCGCGGCUCAGAUCUCCGUGUACCUUGCGAAUCUCGAGCAACUCCAGACACCAGCAGUGGAUGCCACCCCUCAUAUCAGCGACAAGGACAUCCCGCAAUCCAAGACGCUGAAGCAUCAAUACGUCAACAAUGAGGCGUCCAAUACUUCGAAGGCCCUAUACGGCGAUUGGAUUGCGAAGGACUAUAAUGGGCCUUUCUCGGAGUUCUCUUCUGUUUAUCGUGAGAAUAAGGCUAAUGAUUCUGCGAAAGUUCAGUAUGGGGAUAUUUAUAAUGGGAAGAGUGUUUUUGAUUGAUGGGGGUUGGGAUGGGAGGUUUUGGAAUCUUUGGAUAGGUGAUAAUGAAAUGAACACGGUCCGUGGAUGUGGGGGAUUU